AAGAAGAAAUCAAUCUCUGCUGCAGAAAUCAAAGAGAAAAAAGAAAUGGAGGCAGCGAGAACAGUUAAGGAUGUUUCCCCCCCCCCCCACGACUUUGUCAAGGCUUACGCCGCCCAUCUCAAGCGCUCCGGCAAGAUUGAGCUUCCUUCAUGGACUGAUAUCGUCAAGACUGUCAAACUCAAGGAGCUUCCUCCCUAUGAUCCCGAUUGGUACUAUAUCAGAGCUGCUUCCAUGGCAAGGAAAAUAUACUUGAGGGUAGGUCUUGGUGUUGGUGCCUUUAGGAGGAUUUACGGAUGGGCUAAGAGAAAUGGAAGUUGCCCUCGCCAUUUCUGCAAGAGCAGUGGAUCUGUGGCUCGUCACAUUCUUCAACAAUUGCAGAAUGUUAACAUCAUUGAUAUUGAUCCUAAAGGUGGUAGGAGAAUCACAUCCAAUGGACAACGCGACCUCGACCAAGUAGCUGGGAGGAUAGCAGUUGCCAUGUGAUUGUUGCUUUCUUCUUUAUGAA